AUGAAAGUGCAACAACUAUUUUCGGAAAAAUUAAAAGGUCUUUCACUUGUUGAUAUUUGUUUUGAAUCUAGUCUAUCUAUGGAGGUAGAUUGGGGGAAUUUAGAAUCACUUCCAUUAAAUUUGAUUUUUGAUAAGUUAGCAGAACCUGUAGAUCGCAUAUAUUUCAGUGUGGUAUGCAAGAAUUGGUAUGCCAUUGCAAAGUUUAAUUAUGAAAACGGACAAAUACAAAAUAAUGUAUUGCCGAUGCUAAUGAUUCCCACGAAAAAUAAGUGCAGAACAGAAAGAAGUUUAUAUGGGAUUUCAUCCAAAACAGAUUACAACAUCAAACUACCAGUACCUCAUAACAAAAGGUUUUGUGGUUCAAGUCAUGGUUGGCUAGCUAAGGUGGAUAAUAGUUCUGAACAUACACUUAUAACGCUCCUCAAUCCUUUUAAAGAUGCUCUUUCCAUCACUUUACCACCCAUCUACAUCAUGGAUAUACUAAGAAGAAAAAGGUAUUAUGAGUGUAAUGUGCAUAAGGUUGUUUUAUCUGCUGAUCCUACAAUUAGGCCACACGAUUAUGUUGUUGUAGCCAUUUACGGUAUGAGUAAAUAUAUUGCUUUUCUAAAAGCUGGACAACAGAUUUGGACUUAUAUUGAUCAGAAAUAUUUUUGCUUUAAUGAUGCUAUAUUCUAUAAAGACCUAGUCUAUGUUGUAGGACGAUGGAAUGACAUCUACUCUUUUGAUGUGUGUAAUUUGAAGAAAAAAGAAGUAAUUCCCAAAGUUCUUUCUAGGGAGGACGAUGAUUAUGCUCAUGGAGUUUAUCUCGUAAAAUCAUUAGAAGGAGACUUAUGGCUAGUAAAAAAAAUUAUUGCCGAAAAGGAUGAAUUCUUUACUCAUGGUGCAGAAAGAUUUGAAGUGUUUCAUUUAGAAUUGGAUCUCCAAAGUGGUAAAGUUAUAAGAAUGGUAAAGCUUAAUAGUUUGGGAGACAAUGUCUUAUUUGUGGGUGAUAGUGAUUCUAUAUCUAUGUCGGCUUCAUAUUUCUCUAAUUAUCUUCAAAAGGAUUCAAUUUAUUAUACAGAUGAUUUUUAUGACGACACACCAAAUCCUUAUCCUAAUGGACCAUUUGAUAUGAAAGUCUACAAUAUUAAAGAGGAAAAAUUUAGUCAACAUUGUCCUUUUCAACCUUGGUUUAGACAAAAGCCCCCUGCACUCUGGGUUAUUCCACCAUUUCAACUGAAUUGA